UCUGAUCGCAAACCCUCCUCUGUUCCUCACCUCUUAUUCUCAGACACGAACCUCGGUCCAAAGAGAAGAAAACCUUUCCUUUCUUCUUUCCUUUGCUGAUUAAUCUCUCCCCAUGGACUGCUCGUCAUCACCGGCGCAAUCCCCAAAAUUUGAUCUUGAUCGUCGCCGGAGCAAUAAUCAUCAUCGCCGACAUCGUUGAUAAUGUCACAGCCGCCGCAACCCAUCACCAAAAGCCGCCAUCACCACCACCUUGCGUUCCUCCGCCACCAACCCAGCGCCACCCUGCCUGAGCUCCUCUUCAAUGCCCUCUCGGUCCUCUUCCUCUUUUCCCACCCCUCUUCCUCUUCCUCUUCCUCCUCCUCCUCCACCGCUGCCACCGCUAAAGCCAAAGCCCUAAAGAUCCCCUUUUUGUCUUGCCACUUAAACCUCCGGCGGUUCCUCAGAAUCCCCACCAUGUCUCGCCCCUGCCCUAAGAUCCACCGCCGCUUUGCCACCCCGCAGUCCCUCUCCGACUGGCUCGAGCCGCGGCUCCCCUCCGACUCCUUCGCCUCCUGGGGCGUCAAGCCCGGCACCAAGAAUGUCCACAACCUCUGGCUCGAGAUAUCCGAGGGCGAGACCUCGCUCGCCGAUUCCUUCCCUCCGAUCCGCACCAUCAAUGUCGUCUCGGUCCAUGUCGUCGGAGCCAACGGCCGGGUUCUCGUCGAGUCGCGCCAGGAAUUGUCCGACGGCAGCAUCCGCAAUCGGUGCAGGCCCUUGUCGGAGAAGAUGAAGCCAAGCGAGACCCCCGAGAUGGCGGUGAUCAGGGCCGUGAGGGAAGAAUUGGGAUCAGUGAUUCGGGUGGAGGCCGGGGAUAUAGGGGAUGUUGUGAGGAUUGUUCCGGGAUCAUAUAAGAUGAAAGUGGAGGAGAGGAAUUCACUGUCUUAUCCGGGAUUGCCAGCGUGUUACAUGUUGCAUUCGUUCGAGGUGGAGGUCGAGGGACUGCCGGAGGACGCAGAGUUCUGCACGGAGGAGGAAGAGGAAUACGAAGGUGGAGGCGAUGCAGUUGUGGCGAACAGGGCGGUUUCCGUGAGGAGGCAUUACUGGAAAUGGGUGAGUGCCGAUUCUAUUGAAUCUUGAAUUCUAGCUCCUGGUUUGGAGGGUUGGGGAGUUUUGGCGCUUCAAUUUGACAAUUUUGGUGUCUUUUUUUGGCUUUCUUUCUUAUCUUUUCUUUAAUGUAUAUGAUAGAGAAUAAUACACGAUUCAGUAACGUAUGAGGUUGAUCCUUACGUGAGCUCGUCAAGAUGUUUGUGCUCUGGUAAUAACUUGUAUCUUCAGAUGGAGUGAUGGUUGUACGGGCCUUCUGUAGCUCAUGACGAGCUUGAUGUAAAUUCGCUCGUGACAUCUUAUUGAGUGAUAUGAUGAGCUUCAGUAAUGUGAUUCUUUAA